AUUUCUUCACCCUUCACACACCGCUGUUAUCGUAAGGUUUACAGUCAGCUGAUUUAGAGUUGGACUUUGUCAUUGAACAACUGAUUCCCAGUAAACACUUAAUAGUAAAUAAGUCAUGACUAAAUACGAGAACGUUGCUGUUCAUGGCUACGAUGAAUUUUGUAAAGCUGUGUCUGAAAGAAAAGGAAAAGAUAUAUUCGCUUACUUCUCUGGAGAUAAAGAUGACCAGGGCAAGAGCUGGUGCCCGGACUGUGUGGAAGCAGAGCCAGUGGUUAGAGGAGAGCUGUCUUAUCUGCCGGAGGGAUCUGUCUUCAUUUACUGCCAAGUAGGAGAUAGACCUUACUGGAAGGACCCAAAUAAUGAUUUCAAGAAGAAUCUGAAGCUGACUGGAGUACCCACACUACUGCGCUACGGGACGCCCCAGAAGCUGGUUGAAGAGGAGUGUUUUAAGGCAGACCUGGUUCGAAUGUUGUUCACAGAGGAUUAAUGUCCUGUCACAUACUGCUGGAUGACAACAGCAUAUCAAACAUUUUCUUUGAAUGAUUUUUCUGCUAUUCAUUUUGUCAUUUGUAAUCUGUGCUUCUGCUCUGCAAUGUUCAGCAAAGCAAAUUGUGGCCUGGAGUUAUUCUGUGGUGACUGUACAAGUCUGGAAAGCAUUUGUGCAAAUUAAACUCUGUAUACUAGACAUUUCAAGUUUACUAUCUAGUGAUUUUCAAAAAAGUGACUGACUACAAUUUUAAGGGAUCGUUCACCCCAAAAAUUAAAAUCUUCAUC